CGCUUCAGCCCCCAUUUCCUUGACAGCGCUGGUCCUUGUCUACCGCAUUCCUCCAGCCAGCCGAGAGUGUGGGUGUGCGUGUGGGCGUAUGGGGGCGAUACCUCUCUCACCGGGGAAGGCACGUCCCUCCCAGCAAGUUCACGAUCUCGGCAACCCUAGCGUCUGAAGUUCAGGGUCCUAUCACCCACCUCCUGCAGCAGAGGCCCGGCCUGGGGGAGGCAGUCCAGCGACUAGUGAGUUAACGCGGGUCCAGCCCCGAUACGGGUCGGGGAAGGCUGGAGGGGCCGUCGGAGGACUCGUAGUAGAUCCCUCCGCGCGCAACUCGGGCCGGCGCUUCUUCCUGCGGGAAACCCCUGGGUGCCGAAGGCGGCGGGGCCCCGCCGCGGCGACAGGGGGCGGGGUUUGCGGCGGGAGGAGGCGGCCGAGGCGGAAGGACACACGAGGCUGCUUCUCUGCACAGCGAGAAAGUUUCAGCCAAACUUCGGGCGGCGGCUGAGGCGGCGGCUCCGGAGCGGCAGCCUUGGGGUGCAGGGAGUGGAGGCGUUUACGCCUGAGCUUCGGGGCGCAGCGCGAGGCUGUGAGCCGCAGAAGCAGGAGGAGGAGGGGAGAGAGUGGGGGGGACCCUCGGUGGGGACCCCCUCCCCAUGUGGAUCUGCGCAGGCGGCGGCGGCGGCGGAGGAGGCGACCGAGAAGAUGCCCGCCCUGCUCCGCGUUCCCUUGUGGGCGCUGCUGGCGCUCUGGUUGUGCCGGGCGGCCCCCGCGCGUGCAUUGCAGUGUCGGGACAGCUAUGAGCCCUGUGUAAAUAAAGGAAUAUGUGUCACCUACCACAAUGGUACAGGGUACUGCAAAUGUCUGGAGGGCUUCCUGGGAGAAUAUUGUCAACAUCGAGACCCCUGUGAAAAGAACCGCUGCCAGAAUGGGGGGACGUGUGUGGCCCAGGCCAUGUUGGGGAAAGCCACAUGCCGAUGUGCCCUGGGGUUCACGGGCGAUGACUGCCAGUACUCAACCACUCACCCCUGCUUUGUGUCUCAUCCCUGCCUGAAUGGAGGCACCUGCCACGUGCGUAGCCGGGAUGACUAUGAGUGUACCUGCCAAGUUGGUUUUACAGGUAAGCUGUGCCAAUGGACCGAUGCCUGCCUGUCUCACCCCUGUGCAAAUGGAAGUACCUGCACCACUGUGGCCAACCAGUUCUCGUGCAAAUGCCUCACAGGCUUCACAGGACAGAAGUGUGAGACUGACGUCAAUGAAUGUGACAUUCCAGGACAGUGUCAGCAUGGUGGCACCUGCCUCAACCUACUGGGUUCCUAUCAGUGCCAAUGCCCCCAGGGCUUCACAGGCCAGCACUGUGACAGCCCCUACGUGCCCUGUGCCCCCUCCCCCUGUGUCAAUGGAGGCACCUGCCGGCAGACUGGUGACUUCACAUUUGAAUGCAACUGCCUUCCAGGUUUUGAAGGGAUCACCUGCGAGCGGAAUAUUGAUGACUGCCCUAACCACAAGUGUCAGAAUGGAGGGGUUUGUGUGGAUGGGGUUAACACCUACAACUGCCGCUGCCCGCCUCAGUGGACAGGACAGUUCUGCACAGAGGAUGUGGACGAGUGUCUGCUGCAACCCAAUGCUUGUCAGAAUGGGGGCACCUGCACCAACCGCAACGGGGGCUAUGGCUGCGUGUGUGUCAAUGGCUGGAGUGGAGACGACUGCAGUGAGAACAUCGAUGACUGUGCCUUUGCCUCCUGCACUCCGGGCUCCACGUGCAUUGACCGUGUGGCCUCCUUCUCUUGCAUGUGCCCGGAAGGGAAGGCAGGUCUCUUGUGUCAUUUGGAUGAUGCAUGCAUCAGCAAUCCUUGCCACAAGGGGGCACUGUGUGAUACCAACCCCUUGAACGGGCAGUAUAUUUGUACUUGCCCCCAAGGCUACAAAGGAGCUGACUGCACAGAAGACGUGGAUGAAUGUGCCAUGGCCAAUAGCAAUCCUUGUGAGCAUGCAGGAAAAUGUGUGAACACAGAUGGUGCCUUCCACUGUGAAUGUCUGAGGGGCUACACAGGGCCUCGCUGUGAGUUGGAUAUCAAUGAGUGCCAUUCCGACCCCUGCCAGAACGAUGCGACCUGUCUGGAUAAGAUUGGAGGCUUCACGUGUCUGUGCAUGCCAGGUUUCAAAGGUGUGCAUUGUGAACUGGAGAUAAACGAAUGUCAGAGCAACCCUUGUGUGAACAAUGGUCAGUGUGUAGAUAAAGUCAAUCGCUUCCAGUGUCUGUGUCCGCCUGGUUUCACUGGGCCAGUUUGCCAGAUUGAUAUUGAUGACUGUUCCAGUACUCCGUGUCUAAAUGGGGCCAAGUGUAUUGAUCACCCAAACGGCUACGAAUGCCAGUGUGCUACAGGGUUCACUGGUGUGUUGUGCGAGGAGAACAUCGACAACUGUGACCCUGAUCCUUGCCACCAUGGCCAGUGUCAGGAUGGGAUUGACUCCUACACCUGCAUCUGCAACCCGGGGUACAUGGGUGCCAUCUGCAGCGACCAGAUUGAUGAGUGUUACAGCAGCCCUUGCCUCAACGACGGCCGCUGCAUUGACCUGGUCAACGGCUACCAGUGCAACUGCCAGCCGGGCACGUCAGGUGUUAAUUGUGAAAUCAAUUUUGAUGACUGUGCAAGUAACCCUUGUGUCCACGGAGUCUGUAUGGAUGGCAUUAAUCGUUACAGUUGUGUCUGCUCACCAGGAUUCACAGGGCAGAGAUGUAACAUUGAUAUUGAUGAGUGUGCCUCCAAUCCCUGUCGAAAGGGUGCAACGUGCAUCAACGAUGUGAAUGGUUUCCGCUGUCUGUGCCCCGAGGGGCCCCAUCACCCUAGCUGCUACUCACAGGUGAACGAGUGCUUGAGCAAUCCCUGCAUCCACGGAAACUGCACCGGGGGCCUCAGUGGAUACAAGUGUCUCUGUGAUGCGGGCUGGGUUGGCAUCAACUGCGAAGUGGACAAAAAUGAAUGUCUUUCUAACCCGUGCCAGAAUGGAGGAACUUGUGACAAUCUGGUGAAUGGAUACAGGUGUACUUGCAAGAAGGGCUUUAAAGGUUAUAACUGUCAGGUGAAUAUUGAUGAAUGUGCUUCAAAUCCCUGCCUGAACCAAGGGACCUGCUUGGAUGACAUAAGUGGCUACACCUGCCGCUGUGUGCUGCCCUACACAGGCAAGAAUUGUCAGACUGUGUUGGCUCCCUGUUCCCCAAACCCAUGUGAGAAUGCUGCGAUUUGCAAAGAGGCACCAAAUUUUGAGAGUUACACCUGCCUAUGUGCCCCUGGCUGGCAAGGUCAGCGGUGUACAAUUGACAUUGAUGAGUGUGUCUCUAAGCCUUGCAUGAACCACGGUCUCUGCCAUAACACCCAGGGCAGCUACAUGUGUGAGUGUCCUCCAGGCUUCAGUGGUAUGGAUUGUGAGGAGGACAUCGAUGACUGCCUUGCCAAUCCUUGCCAGAAUGGAGGCUCCUGUGUAGAUGGAGUGAAUACUUUCUCCUGCCUGUGCCAUCCUGGCUUUAUUGGGGAUAAGUGUCAGACAGACAUGAAUGAGUGUCUGAGUGAACCCUGUAAGAAUGGAGGGACCUGCUCCGACUAUGUCAACAGUUACACUUGCAAGUGCCAGGCUGGAUUUGAUGGAGUCCACUGUGAGAACAACAUCGAUGAGUGCACUGAGAGCUCCUGUUUCAAUGGUGGCACAUGUGUCGACGGGAUUAACUCCUUCUCUUGCUUGUGCCCUGUGGGCUUCACUGGCCCCUUCUGCCUCCAUGAGAUCAACGAAUGCAACUCUCAUCCAUGCCUCAAUGAAGGAAUAUGUGUCGAUGGCCUGGGUACCUACCGCUGUACCUGCCCCUUGGGUUACACUGGGAAAAACUGUCAGACCCUGGUGAACCUCUGUAGUCGGUCUCCAUGUAAAAACAAAGGUACUUGCGUUCAGGAAAAAGCAGAGUCCCGGUGUCUGUGUCCAUCUGGAUGGGCCGGUGCUUACUGCGACGUGCCCAAUGUGUCCUGCGAGGUGGCGGCUUUCCACAGAGGGGUGUCCACUGACCACCUGUGCCAGCACUCCGGCAUCUGCAUCAAUGCCGGCAACUCGCACCACUGUCAGUGCCCGCUGGGCUACACUGGCAGCUACUGUGAGGAGCAGCUUGACGAGUGUUCGUCCAACCCCUGCCAACAUGGAGCCACCUGCAGGGACUUCAUUGGCGGCUAUAGGUGUGAGUGCGUCCCAGGGUAUCAGGGCGUCAACUGUGAGUAUGAAGUAGAUGAGUGCCAGAAUCAGCCGUGCCAGAACGGAGGCACCUGUGUCGACCUUGUGAACCACUUCAAGUGCUCCUGUCCACCAGGCACUCGAGGCCUGCUCUGUGAAGAGAACAUUGACGACUGUGCCGGUGGCCCCCACUGCCUUAACGGUGGUCAGUGUGUGGAUAGGAUCGGGGGCUACACUUGCCGCUGCUUGCCUGGCUUUGCAGGAGAGCGGUGCGAGGGAGACAUCAACGAGUGCCUCUCCAACCCCUGCAGCUCCGAGGGCAGCCUGGACUGCAUACAGCUGGCCAAUGACUACCUGUGCGUCUGCCGCAGCACCUUCACCGGUCGUCACUGUGAAACUUUCGUCGAUGUGUGUCCGCAUAUGCCUUGCCUGAACGGGGGGACUUGUGCUGUGGCCAGCAACAUGCCUGAUGGUUUCAUUUGUCGUUGUCCCCCGGGCUUCUCCGGGGCACGAUGCCAGAGCAGCUGUGGACACGUGAAGUGCCGGAGGGGGGAGCAGUGCGUGCACACGGCCUCGGGUCCCCGCUGCUUCUGCCCCCACCCCCAGGACUGCGAGUCAGGCUGUGCCAGUAGCCCCUGCCAGCAUGGGGGCAGCUGCUACCCUCAGCGCCAGCCCCCCUAUUACUUCUGCCAGUGCCCUCCACCAUUCUGGGGCAGCCACUGUGAGCUUCACAUGGCCCCCACCAGCACCCCUCCCGCCACCUGUCUGAGCCAGUACUGUGCCGACAAAGCUCGGGAUGGCGUCUGCGAUGAGGCCUGCAACAGCCACGCCUGCCAGUGGGAUGGGGGCGACUGUUCCCUGACCAUGGAGGACCCCUGGGCCAACUGCUCUUCCCCACUCCCCUGCUGGGAUUACAUCAACAACCAGUGUGAUGAGCUGUGCAACACGGCCGAGUGCCUUUUUGACAACUUUGAAUGCCAGGGGAACAGCAAGACGUGCAAGUAUGACAAAUACUGUGCAGACCACUUCAAGGACAACCACUGUGACCAGGGAUGCAACAGCGAGGAGUGUGGCUGGGAUGGGUUGGACUGUGCUGCUGACCGGCCAGAGAACCUGGCGGAGGGCACUCUGGUUAUAGUGGUGCUCAUGCCCCCAGAGCAGCUGCUCCAGGAUGCCCGCAGCUUUUUGCGGGCACUGGGCACCCUGCUCCGUACCAACCUGCAGAUUAAACGGGACUCCCAGGGGGCACUCAUGGUCUACCCCUACUACGGUGAGAAGUCCGCUGCCAUGAAGAAGCAGAGGGUGACACGCAGGUCCCUUCCUGGUGAUCAAGAACAGGAGGUGGUUGGCUCUAAGGUGUUUCUGGAAAUUGACAACCGCCAGUGUGUUCAAGAUUCAGACCAGUGUUUCAAGAACACGGAUGCAGCAGCAGCUCUUCUGGCUUCUCACGCCAUCCAGGGGACCUUGUCCUACCCUCUUGUGUCUGUCGUCAGUGAAUCUCUGACUCCAAAAGGUACUCAGCUACUCUAUCUACUUGCUGUUGCUGUUGUCAUUAUCCUGUUUAUUAUCUUACUGGGCGUUAUCAUGGCGAAACGAAAGCGCAAGCACGGCUCCCUUUGGCUGCCUGAAGGGUUCACACUGCGCCGAGACUCCAGCAAUCACAAGCGUCGUGAGCCUGUGGGACAAGAUGCCGUGGGGCUGAAAAAUCUCUCAGUGCAAGUCUCAGAGGCUAACCUGAUUGGUUCAGGAACAAGUGAACAUUGGGUUGAUGAUGAAGGGCCCCAGCCAAAGAAAGCCAAGGCUGAAGACGAGGCUUUGCUCUCAGAAGAAGAUGAUGCCAUUGACCGACGUCCAUGGACACAACAGCACCUUGAGGCUGCAGAUAUCCGCAGGACGCCAUCACUGGCGCUCACUCCUCCACAGGCAGAGCAGGAGGUGGACGUGUUGGACGUGAAUGUCCGUGGCCCAGACGGGUGCACCCCACUGAUGCUGGCUUCUCUCCGAGGAGGCAGCUCAGAUAUGAGUGAUGAAGAUGAAGAUGGAGAGGACUCUUCUGCCAACAUCAUCACAGACUUGGUCUACCAGGGUGCCAGCCUGCAGGCCCAGACAGACCGGACUGGUGAGAUGGCCCUGCACCUUGCAGCGCGCUACUCAAGGGCUGAUGCCGCUAAGCGUCUCCUGGAUGCAGGUGCAGAUGCCAACGCCCAGGACAACAUGGGCCGCUGCCCUCUCCAUGCUGCCGUGGCAGCUGAUGCCCAAGGGGUCUUCCAGAUUCUGAUCCGCAAUCGAGUGACUGAUCUGGACGCCAGGAUGAAUGACGGCACUACACCACUGAUCCUGGCCGCCCGCCUGGCUGUGGAGGGAAUGGUGGCAGAACUGAUCAACUGCCAAGCAGAUGUGAAUGCAGUGGACGACCAUGGAAAAUCUGCUCUUCACUGGGCAGCUGCUGUCAAUAAUGUGGAGGCAACUCUUUUGCUGUUGAAAAACGGGGCCAACCGAGACAUGCAGGACAACAAGGAAGAGACACCUCUGUUUCUUGCUGCCCGGGAGGGAAGUUAUGAAGCAGCCAAGAUCCUGUUAGACCAUUUUGCCAAUCGGGACAUCACAGACCACAUGGAUCGUCUUCCCAGGGAUGUGGCUCGGGACCGCAUGCACCAUGACAUUGUCCGCCUCCUAGACGAGUACAAUGUGACACCAAGCCCUCCAGGCACUGUGCUGACCUCUGCCCUCUCACCAGUCAUCUGUGGGCCCAACAGAUCUUUCCUCAGCCUAAAGCACACCCCGAUGGGCAAGAAGCCUAGACGGCCCAAUACCAAGAAUGCCAUGCCCACUAGCCUCCCUAACCUUUCCAAGGAGGCCAAGGAUGCCAAGGGUAGUAGAAGGAAGAAGUCUCUGAGUGACAAGGGUCAGCUGUCUGAGAGUUCAGUGACUUUAUCCCCAGUUGAUUCCUUAGAGUCUCCUCACACAUAUGUUUCUGACACCACAUCCUCUCCAAUGAUUACAUCCCCUGGGAUCCUACAGGCUUCCCCCAACCCUGUGCUGGCCACGGCUGCACCCGCUGCCCCAGUCCAUGCACAGCAUGCACUGUCUUUCUCUAACCUGCCUGAAAUGCAGCCUUUGGCUCAUGGGGCCAACACUGUGCUUCCCUCAGUGAGCCAGCUGCUGUCCCACCACCAUAUCGUUCCCCCAGGCAGUGGCAGUACGGGAAGCUUGGGUAGACUCCACCCAGUCACUGUUCCAGCAGAUUGGAUGAACCGCAUGGAGAUGAAUGAGAGCCAGUACAAUGAGAUGUUCAGUAUGGUUCUGGCCCCAGCUGAGGGCACACCCCCUGGCAUCCCUCCCCAGAGCAGGCCACCUGAAGGGAAGCAUAUAGCUACCCCUCGGGAGCCCUUGCCCCCCAUUGUGACUUUCCAGCUAAUCCCUAAAGGCAGUAUUGCCCAGCCAGCAGGGACUCCCCAGCCUCAGUCCAACUGCCCCCCACCUGUUGCAGGCCCUGUGCCCACCAUGUACCAGAUUCCAGAAAUGGCUCGUUUACCUAAUAUGGCUUUUCCCACUGCCAUGAUGCCCCAGCAGGAUGGGCAGGUUGCUCAGACCAUUCUCCCGGCCUAUCAUCCUUUUCCAGCCUCUGUGGGCAAGUAUCCCACACCACCUUCACAGCAUAGUUAUGCUUCCUCAAAUGCUGCUGAGCGAACACCCAGUCAUAGUGGUCACCUCCAGGGUGAGCAUCCCUACCUGACACCAUCCCCAGAGUCUCCUGACCAGUGGUCAAGUUCAUCACCCCACUCUGCUUCUGACUGGUCAGAUGUGACCACCAGCCCUACCCCUGGAGGUGCUGGAGGAGGUCAGCGGGGACCUGGGACACACAUGUCUGAGCCGCCACGCAGCAACAUGCAGGUUUAUGCCUGAAGGAGUCUGCCUCCAAUGUAGGGACAGAACUGCCUAUCAUACAUGCUGCUGAGGAACAAAUGAAGGUCAUCCAGGAGAGAAAUGAAGAAAUCUCGGGAAGCAGGAGGAAGAAGAUGCUUUUAUCUUUUAUAUAAUUCAAGAAGCAGUUUUGUCAGCUUCACUGGGUAUCUCCAGGAUUUGGGGUGGGAGGAACAUGGUUCCUUUUAAUCUCUUACCCAUCAAGCCAAGUUUGUGGAAAUGUAAGACGAAUAGAAGACUUCGGGCCGUGUUUACUCUUUUCUGUUUGGAGGAAAGAAUGGAUGCCUGUUGUAGCCCAGACAUUCUUGCAGAUUGGACUGCAUUUUAAGCCCUGGGGGCUUUGCCUUAUCUGUGCGAAGAUUUUACUGUACAGUCCUGUUGGGAAUUGUACGCUGGAAUUCUGCCCAAGUUGACCUGUCUCCUCCUCUCUUCCUUGGAAAUUCUUUUGACUUCAUUUGGUGCUUUAAUUUUUGCACCUCGUUGUGGUUGUACUCCCCCCACACCUCUGGCAUGGUAUAGGGCAACGUGCUUUUAAUCAUUCCUGCUCUGGAAGGUAACUUCAGCCUCUUUGCCCUCUUCUCCCAGUGUCCCAAGGAGUAUCACAGGGUUCGCUUCGGUUAUGGUUCUCAGCAUACACCUUUCAAGUAUGUUCCUUUAGAAAAUGGAGUCAUUGCAGUCUCCUACAUAAUGGCAUUCCUAGAAGAGGAAGGGGAGCAAGAUACUUUCCUUUGAACCCAUUCUGGGGACAGAAGACCUUUUCAAGAGACAGCACCUUCAUUCUCUUGCCUGCAUGAAGGGCUUUACAUAACCUUACCAGGAAGAAGGAUAAGAAUUGGUUGUUUUUCCAUUUGUGGGCCUAGUCAGUGUGAAGUUUUAUCGUUGGCAGUGCAGAUACUAUGACCCCCUUCAAACAAACAAAAAACAAAGAUGUAGAAUGUUGGGAUGACCAAGAGAUAAGCUAACUCGUGUGAGAAGUGGUUACCCACGAACAAGUCCCUUUCCUUCCCGCCCAGCAUUCCAUUGAUGGCCUGUGCAAAACACAUUUGGUCCCAGAUCUCAGAGCCCCCGGCCUCCUUCACUUGCUCAUCCUUAGCCGUUGAGCCUUUCCUUCCAUCUGUCUCCACAGAAGAAAAUGUCUCAAACGAUACUUCCUCGCCACUGAGAACUGAACUCUGCUCGGCUCAAGGGACCCCAUGCCGGCCAUGUUCCCUUUGCAGAGGGAUCGCAGUCUCUGCUUCCUGAUACUGUUUCUGCCCACAGGCUUGCUCACCAGCCCUUCCUUCACACUGUGCGUGUAGUCCGAGUUAUCGGUGCACCCAAGUAGAUUCUCACCCAGCGCAUGGAGUUUUCUGUGUUCAAGUACAAGAAAUAAAAAGCUAACCUAGUUCUCUAGGGUCCAAGCCAGCCCUGUACAAAGGUUGGAACUAUGAGGCAGCCUCUGCUAUUUUUUGCUACCAUACCUUUUCCUUUGAGGCAGCCGUGACAUUCCCUUCUAGGCAACUAACAUAGACACUUACUGGGGACACUUUCCUUUCCCAGAGUUGCCUUGUAGAUAAUGAUGGACAAUUAAAGACUUACUGUCUUUGUCAUUCUCAUGCUCAGAUUAUGAUUAGAGUUUACUUGAGUCUGCUGUCUGUAUUUGUGGUCUCGGCACCUUCUGUGACACCCUAUCAAGGGCAGAAGCAUUCUAGUCAACACUAGAAAUAGGAGGAAUAUCAUUUUCUUGCUCUUGUCCCUGAGUCGGCUGAUAGUUGGUCCUGUGGCCACACUGUGAUCUCUACCCGGUGCUAUGAUGUCAUGACACCUGGGAAAUUAGUUAUGCUGGGGCAUUUUAUAGAUAAUAACAGGUGAAUUUCCUACUCUGUUUUGGUUUGAAUGAUAGUCUUCAUUCCUGCCUUGGCUAGGAGUGCCCAUCAGAGCAUUCCACUUAACCUGAUUUAUCUGGCUGUGGCCCCUUACGGAACCCGUGUGUGUGUGUUAGCAUCACAAUCUACAAAUUGUUUUUUCAGUCCUGCCCAAGUUCCUCAAACCAACAGAAAUAACUGGUUCUGCCCCAAGGUAAGCAGACUGUACAUUUUAUAUUUUCUCAUAUGGCAACUCUACCAGCCCUUUCGUACCACGUAAGAUUUUAUCUUCUGAACGGUGACUCUCUGUCCUUGGGCCCAUUUGUUAAUUCACAGAUGGGGAGACCCUCUCUGUCAUUCUGUUUCUUCUCCGCUUCCCGAAAGUAUCAGCCUCUGACCCAACAGCUUGCAUCCUCUAUUACCUCCUUCCCCAACCACAAUAUAGGCCUAACUUGCUUAUUUCUCCUUCUUGGGAUCCUUCGGGUUUCGAGAAAACGGAAUGUGAAAGCUGCCAUUACAGACUACGGGCCUCAGUGAUGAGGAAGACACUGCCUUUCAAGCAUUUAUCAAUCCCUUAGAUUCUAAGAACCCUUCAGUUGUAUAGUACCUAAUAAAAGAGAAGGUGAGACAAAGAAUCACUUUCUCAUUUGGGUUCUGAAUUAGAGACCAAGUUUUAUAGGACACGUCUUUUAUGCCAUGUAUAGGUCACCCUCUCCCCAGUUUUGGUUUGUUUUUAUAAAUUUUUCCUUUGACUCCUCUUCUGUCUGCCUUUGGGGAUAGAUUUUUCUGUUCAUUUCUUCUGUUUUGUUUUAAGCAUCAUUUUCUGACUUACAUGAUGGUGAGGGCGGGAAAGGUGUAAAAGACAGAGUUAAAGACUUUGGUGACAUGAGCAAUAGGCCUUGUUGCUCAAGCCCAUUAUACCAUCUCAUUAUUACAUUUGCUGGGACACAGUUCUGGCAGAGAAAAGAACCAAAGGUAUAAUGUUUUGUGGGCAGGUGGCUUGGAGAGUUUGGUUUUAACCAACACGUUGAAUGUAUGAUGACUAUUUGAGAAGACACAAUGAUAUGACCUGACGCUCCCACUUGUAACUGGUACUAUGGCUCCUUCCUUGUAUACAUUUCUUUUAAAAGUGAUACUAUAUCUGUUUGUAUGAGAAACCCAGUAACCAGAAAAAAUGACUGCAUGUUCCUAACUAUACAUAGUAAGGAAAAUGCAAAUUGUUUUUACUUUUCAAAGUUUCAUUCUAAAGUAGUUAAGAUGAAAUUUAUAUGAAAGCAUUUUUAUCACAAAAUAAAAAAGAUUACAUGUCAA